GGUGCGGAGGGAGAGAAGAGAAAGAGAAGAAAGAAUCUUGACAAAAAAAAAAAAAAAAGAAAGAGAAGAAAGAACAGAGAGAGAGAGAGGAGGGAGAGAGAAACCGAGCGAGCGAGAUCUCUGAAUUAGGGUUCCCAAAUUCCCCCGUGUGCAAGGAGGAGGCGAGUGUGAGGGAUUUAGAGAGAGAAGAGAGGUGAGAACGCUGAGUGCUCAGCUGAGAGAUUCCAUUUCACCCCCAACAGGAGAAGGAGUGCCUGGAAUUUCUUUUUUAUUUUCUUUUCUUGUUCCCCCUCCCUUUCUUUGCUUUCCCCACAUUUUGUUAGGCACUUUCCCUCUUCCACUGCCCUACCUUCAAGUCUCUGAUGGAGCAGCGAAAGCUUGUGGUUUUGGGUAUUCCAUGGGACGUGGACACUGAGGGCUUGAGGGAAUACAUGAGCAAGUACGGUGAAUUGGAAGAUUGUAUUGUUAUGAAGGAGCGAUCAACUGGACGAUCUCGUGGAUUUGGAUAUGUUACAUUUGCUUCAGUGGAUGAUGCUAAGGAUGUUCUAUCAGGUGAACAUGUUCUUGGCAACAGGAUGCUGGAAGUCAAAGUGGCCACACCAAAGGAGGAGAUGAGAGCUCCACCCAAAAAAGUAACCAGAAUAUUUGUAGCCAGGAUUCCACAAUCAGUAACAGAAGCAUCUUUUAGAAGUCAUUUUGAGAAAUAUGGUGAUAUAACAGAUCUAUACAUGCCAAAGGAUCAAGGAUCAAAAAUGCAUCGUGGAAUUGGUUUUAUCACCUUUGCAAGUGCAGAUUCUGUCGAGAGUUUGAUGGCAGAAACCCAUGAACUGGGAGGUUCUACCGUGGUGGUUGAUCGAGCUACACCCAAGGAUGAUGACUUCAAGCCAGUAGGCAGAAUGCCACAGGGAGGGUAUGGUGCAUAUAAUGCUUAUAUUUCUGCAGCAACUAGAUAUGCAGCACUUGGUGCUCCUACUUUGUAUGAUCAUCCAGGCCCAGUCUACGGAAGGGGAGAACCAUCUCGUGGAAUCGGUAAAAAGAUUUUUGUUGGCCGACUUCCCCCAGAGGCAACUUCUGAAGAUCUUCGUCAAUAUUUUGGAAGAUUUGGCCGUAUAUUAGAUGUUUACGUUCCCAGGGAUCCUAAGAGAUCAGGUCAUAGAGGUUUUGGAUUUGUUACUUUUGCUGAAGAUGGUGUAGCAGAUCGUGUCUCACGAAGGCCUCAUGAAAUUUGUGGACAACAGGUAGCAUUAGAUUCAGCCACACCUGUUGAUGAUGCAAGUCCGAGUGAGAAUUUUAUGAUGAAUGGCGUGGGUUCUUUUGGGGGCUAUGGAGGUCCUAUGCGAACUUAUGGGAGGAUGUAUGGUAGCCUGGACUUCGACGAUUGGGGUUAUGGAAUUCCCAGUGGGAGGCCAUCAAGAGCAGAUUGGAGGUAUAGACCAUACUAGGAGAGAGCACAGUUUCAUUGGUAUCAUCGCCGUACGAAAUGCUAAAAUGGAUUGGAUCUGUAAACCAGAUAAUACUAUUUCCCCCCAUAUGUUUUUAUUAUCAUGUAUCUUAGUUGCAUUGCAUUUGAUUCAUUUCAUAAAGAUUUGACGUAGUUUAUUGCUCAAAGGUCCAACACAAUCUUUCCUCUUUUAUCUGAGUUUGCAACCAGCUCUGUAACAGAUGAUGAAAUAAUGUGUUCCGUGUAGUUUGCAGUGUUGAUGCUGAUUUAUGAUUCACCAUAAAUAAAUGUAGUCUUAUGCCUAA